AUGAGUGGCACAGCUGGUGCUUCCGGUGGCUAUUCGGGAUCUGGAUUGGGAGGGCGAGGCGGUGGUGCCCCAGCUCGUUCGUUCGAGGAUCGUGCCUUUGCUAAAGAGCAGAUGAUGCAAGCUGUUCGCGAAUCUUCUCAGCAGGACCGCCGUGUCUAUGUUGGGAACUUGUCAUACGAUGUCAAGUGGCAUCAUUUAAAAGAUUUUAUGAGACAGGCUGGAGAGGUUCUCUUUGCCGAUGUCUUACUACUUCCGAAUGGAAUGUCGAAGGGCUGCGGGAUUGUGGAAUACGCCUCGAGGGAACAAGCUCAGACCGCUGUUGCAACGUUGAGCAAUCAGAACUUGAUGGGCAGACUUGUCUAUGUUCGCGAGGACCGUGAGGCAGAACCCCGAUUUACCGGUCCCCCUUCUCGAGAUGCGGCGGGCGCCGGCCGUGGCGGCUUUGGUGGCGGCCACGGCGGUUCAAUGGGAAGUCGUCAGAUCUACGUCGCUAACCUUCCGUUUAAUGUUGGCUGGCAGGAUUUGAAGGAUCUUUUCCGCCAAGCCAAAACAGGUGGUAUUAACGUACUGAUCUCAACAGCACAACAAGGCAAUGUCGUCCGUGCUGACGUGCACCUUGACCCGAAUGGCCGUCCCAAAGGUUCUGGAAUAGUUGCCUUUGAGAAUGUAGAAGACGCCCGAAAUGCCAUUCAGCAGUUCAAUGGCUACGAUUGGCAUGGUCGCAAUUUGGAGGUACGUGAAGAUCGCUUUGCUAGCUCCGCCCCUGGAGGGUAUGGAGGCCGCGGUGGAUUUGGCGGCUUCGGCGGCCGUGGUGGUUUCGGCGGUGGUCGAGGCGGAUUUGCCGGACGCGGCGGCUUUGGUGGCUACGGUGGUGGUAGAGGUGGUGGUGGGUUUGGAAGUAACUUCAGCGGUGGAGGAGGCAACUUUGAGAACAACAAUGCUUCCAUCCCGCCAAACCCGUUCACUGAUUUUGCAACCUACGGUGGGGAACGAAGUGCUGUCAUCUACGUCCGCAAUCUGCCCUGGUCUACCUGCAACGAAGAUUUGGUUGAGUUGUUCUCGACAAUCGGCAAAGUCGAACGUGCUGAAAUUCAGUAUGAACCAAAUGGUAGAUCACGUGGAACGGGCGUAGUCCAGUUUGAUACCAUUGAAAAUGCAGAAACCGCCAUCAGCAAAUUCACGGGAUACCAAUAUGGAGGUCGUCCCCUGGGCUUGACAUUCGUCAAGUACAUGAACGGCGGGUCCAGCGAUGCUAUGGAAGUUAGCGCAGAACAGCCAACCGGCAUUACUCAAGACCAAAUCAUGUGA